GACAUAACUUAUUUCAAGAACGGACGCCAUGUUGAAACAAUGGAAAUGUGUGGAAAAUGAAACUACAACGCAGAACUUAUAAAAAUAAGCAAGAAAAUAAUUCAAGAAACUGCGAUUUUUACGCAUAGUAAUUAAGAAAUUAUUACGACGCAUACAAAUACAAAGAAAUUAAAAUGAAUCCCAGCAUGCCUGGUGGAUAUCUACCAAUGAAUAUGAUGAUGCAACAGAUGCAACAGCCGUACAUGGUGGCUGUGCGACUCCCGCCUGGAGUUCAACAGCCGCAGAGAGGACAGACAGCCGGUGUUCUUCCUGCAGGAUUAGGGGCAUCUGCCGCCACACGGUUUGCUGCUCCAGUGCCUCCAACCUCACCAUCAUCAUCAUCUGCAGGAGCUCAAUAUGUAACUUCACCAGCUUUAGCAGCUUCACCAGCAUUGAUGGCAUCUCCUGGACUAGUAUCUCAAGCUUAUGGUGGACAAGGUAUCAUGUCACAGGGAUUAAUGACACAGGCAUUGGGGCAACAAGGGUUGAUGACACAUGCUUUGGGACAACAGGGAUUAAUGACACAGGCUUUAGGACAACAAGGUUUGGCCUCGGGACUAGCAGCUCAUCAGUAUGCUGGCCACCCAGGUUUAGCAGGAAUGACUGCUCAGGGACUAACAGGAAUGACAGCUCAGGGACUAACAGGUAUGACUGCUCAAGGACUAGCAGGAAUGACAGGAAUGACAGGAAUGCCAGGUAUGCCAGGCAUGCCUGGAAUGACAGCACAGAGCUUUGCAGCACAAGGUUUAACAGCUCAGGGAUUCCCACCUGGUGGUCUGGCUGCAGCUCAUCAGGGUUUGGCAGCACAAGGUUUCCCACAUGGUAUGGUCACACAACCAAUGUCAGCAUAUGGUGCACCUAGUAUGGCCUUUGCUAAUCCUGGUGCUUAUGCAGCUGUUGCACAUCCUGGGAUGGCUGGAUUACAGUAUGCAUAUGCAGAUCCUGCAAUGGCAAGCAUGGCAGGAUUAAUGCAAGAGGUACCUGUACAAGAAGAAGAGGUACCAGAAAGUGUAACAGUUAACCUAGAUGACUUUAACUCUGAUCUCCAUCUGAUUAUAGAUUCUGACGGAUUUGGUGCUCACCCAUUAGUUCAACCUCCUGGUUUUAACUUCUGUUGGGCAGGAGCUAGGGCAACCCAUGGGGCAAUGUCCGGAAAACUGUAUUAUGAGGUGCAAGUUGUUGAACAUUUACCAACAAAUUUUGGAGAAAACCAUCAAGAAACAAAUCCACAUGUUCUAAGGGUAGGAUGGUCCAUCGAUGAAAGUUCAUUCCAGUUAGGAGAAGAACCAUAUUCUUAUGGGUAUGGUGGAACUGGGAAAUUUUCCAAAAAUUGUAAAUUUUCUAAUUAUGGUGAACCAUAUGGUGAAGGGGAUGUUAUAGGAGCCUUACUUGACCUUGAUGCCAAACCACCAAGCAUGUCAUUUACAAAGAAUGGUAAAUGGCUUGGAGUAGCAGAAACUUUAUCAGCAUUCCCAGUUGGAGUCCAAGAAAGAGCACUAUUUCCUCAUAUUUUAAGCAAAAACACCAAAUUUAUUGUAAAUUUUGGUCAGCAAGAAUCUUGGUAUUCCCCACCACAAGGAUUUAAUUAUGUAAUGCAUCAACCAGGUCUUGUCAGAGGAAUGGAAGCACCAGCCAAAAAGUCAGACUGUGAAAUAGUAAUGGUUAUUGGUCUACCAGGAGCAGGCAAAACAACAUGGGGUAUAAAUCAUCAGAAAGCACAUCCAGAGAAAAGGUACAAUAUCAUAGGAUCAGACACCUUGAUAGAUAAGAUGAAAGUCAUGGGCUUGCCUCGUAAAAAUAACUACCAUGGAAGAUGGGACGUUCUCAUUGACAAAGCAACAAAAUGUCUUAACAAGUUGUUUGAAAUGGCUCAAAAAAGGAACAGAAAUUUUAUUCUUGAUCAAACCAAUGUUUAUCCGUCUGCAAGAAAAAGAAAGAUGAAGAAUUUUAGUGGAUUUCUUAGACGUGCUGUAAUUAUCCAACCAGAAGAUUCAGAAUUGCAAAGACGAUCAGAACAAAGAACUGUAGAUGAUGGAAAGUUUGUUCCCGAGUCAGCUAUUGUUGAAAUGAAAGCUAAUUUUAAAUUGCCAGAUGUCAAUGACCAUUUAUUUGAUAAGAUUGACUAUGUAGAACUACCUAGAGAGGCCAGUGUCAAGCUUGUAGAAAGGUAUAAUGGUGAAGGUAAACAUGGUAGCCAGCCACCCAGAACUGGAGGUCAACCUUUCCAGCCCCCUGCAGAUCUCAGACAGGGUCAGCCAUUUUAUCAACCAAUGCCAGGACAAGGCAACCGACAACCUUUGCAACAAGGACAAGAUAGAUUUGGUCAAGCAGGAAUGGCAUAUCGACCGCCAGAACCUCCAGCGCCCCCACAAGGAGGUGGUCAGCAUGGAGCAGAAGAUGUUUAUGGCAAUCGUCAUAGACAUGCUCAACAUGAUAGGAAUGAGGAACCCUCUGACAAAAGAGGAAGGUUUGAAACAAAUAACCCAAGUGCUAGUGCACUUGAUUUCAUUAAACAGGAAUAUAGUGGAGGUGAUGAUGAACAAAAGCAGUCCCAGAAGAGAAUAAAGAAAGAACCUCAGUGGAAUCAAAUGGCUUAUGGGGGUGGUGGUCAAGGAUUUCCAGGUGGUCAGUUUGAAUUUGCAAAUAAGAAUGCCCCCCAGAGUCAAGGAAACCCAAUGUUUUUUCAGCCUCAGCCACCUCCCCCACCCCCAGAAUCUAUUAAGUCGGAACCUGGCAGUGGAUUCCAGGGACAAGGUCAAAACUGGCAACAGCAACAAGCUGAAAUGUUUGCCAAACAGCCAGGAUUUGCUAUUCAAGGUGCAUUUAGAAAUCCAAUACCAAAUGUGGGUAAUCCACCUCCAAGUUUUCAAGGAGGUCAACCUUUCAAUCAACAAAAGCCUCCUCAAAGUGGUGGCUUUGGUGGACCAAGAAUGCAACAACCCCCUAAAUCAGACCAACAAUCGUUUGGAUUUGCUGGUCAACAGCAACAAAAUUUUAGUAGUGACAAUAAAUUUAAUAAACCACCAACAUCAAAUGUUCAAGAUCAACAAAGUUUUCAACAGGGAUCACAUGAUCCAGACAAUGAAAGAAAAUCUUCAUCACCAGGUGGCAAUAAGCCUAGGCGAGAAAGGAAAAGGCCAAGCAAAUGGGACAAUCCUACAGAGGAGAACUCACAAGGUGAAGUUGGAUUAAGUGAGGAGGUUCAAAGUCAUAUUGCAGCAUGUGAAGCUGCUUAUCAAGCCAAUGCAGAUUCAGGUAUGGGAGAUGGACAGGUUAAACAAGAGAAAGAUGCUAAUAAUAUGGGUCAAUCUAACCAUAGAGAUAGACCAAAGCCAAGUGAACAAUUCAAUCAAGGCCAUAGACCAAAUGGACCAGGUGGAUUUAAUAGACCUCCUAAAAAUUUUGGUCCUGGAGGUCCAAAAAUGGAGAGGGAUCAGUUUGUACAUGAUCAAUUUUCAGGUGGAUUUGAUGGCCCCCCUGGACCAGGUAAUUUUGGUGAAGGAAUGCGACCACAAGGGCCACCCCAUAGAGGAUUUGGUGGUAGACCUCCAAGACCAUUAAUGGGACGUGGGGGACCACCACAGAGACCUCCCUUCAGAGGUGGUCCACAUGGUGGACCACCAGGAUUUCCUGGUCCUGGAAGAGGACAUGGUCCAGGUGGUCCAGGCGGACCAAGACCAUUCAGACCAAGAGGGCCUCCUGAUCAAGGUAUGCGAGGUAGAGGAUUUGGACCCAGAAAUGGACCUCCCCCAUUUGGUCCCAGAGGAAUGAGAGGACCUAGGGGUGGCAGAGGACCAAGGCCUUUUUAGAUAAUCUAUAAUACAGUUGAUUUGAAAUGGAAAUAAAUGUUGUUAUCCAUUUUUGUAUGGUUUACUUUUCACAUUUCAUUAAUUAUGAUAAAAAAUCUCACACAGGUCAAUCAUUUCAGGAAAUUUAUAGAUAUUUUAAAUCAAGAAGAAAGUCUACUUUAAAGUUUUUUUCGGGAUAAAUAAAGAAGAUCAUGUUACAACAAAACAUUCAUAUGUUACUCUGCAUAAGAUCCUGUAGUUGCAAUAUAACAGUGCUAAGUAAUAUAAAACUUUGUUAAAACAAAUUGACAUUAUCUCUUUUAUUCACCCUAAGUAUAACUUUUUACAAAGCCAUAGUGAAAUAUAAUAAUUGGAACAUGACAAACAACCUGUUUAAUGGGUAUUAAGUGUUUAAAAGGUGAUAAGGAAUUUUUGUUCCUUUUAGGUUUUACUAGUUUUAUGUAGAUAUUAUACAUUUUAACUUUGGUGAAAAAUUCACAGAAAGAGGAUGAAAAUGGUGUUAAGGUUUUAAAUGAUGGGAUUUAUAUUCUCUGAUAUAAAAAAAAUGUUUAAAUUGUUGAUAAAAAAUUGGCUUUGAUGAAUACAUCUUUUAAAGGAUGACCAUACAUUUAUAAAUUGGCUUUUAAAUACUUUGAAGCCAGAAGUUUUAAAUUUUGAAUUGAAUAAUUCAUAGAAUUAUAAGACUGUUGACUCAGAUCAUUACCAUGGGAUCUAAACAUGCUAAUUUUAUUAAAAAUAAAAGAACUACCAUUAUUAUCCAGAAUAGCUUUGUUUUAAAUUAUGAAUAAAACCUUCUUACUUUUGACCACAAUUCAUUUGAUUUUAUUAGGUAUUUGUGUGCAAUGUUUUUUUUCAGGAAGAGUGCAAAUAUUUAUAUAAAAGCAUAUAUAUAUAUACAUAAAAUGAACAAUCAUAUUAAUUCAACAGUUAUAGUUAUAUGUAGGCAUGUUAUCUAACAUUAUGGUUUUAUUGCAUUCAUUUAAAAGUGUAUUGAUCACAUACAAGAAUUACCAUGUGGUAUAUUGCCCUGAUUUAUGUUUUCAGCCUUUUUCUUUUCAGAUUUCUUCUUUUCAGGAUUUUAGCUUGAACAUUACAGUGUUAUUUUAAUGUUGUUCAAAGCUUAGCAUGUCAUAUUGCCAUGUUUACAUUGUUUACAUAUUGAGUUCUUUUAAAUAUUACAUGCUGAUAAGUAAAUUCUUUGUAGUAUAUACAGUUGUUAUUAAUUUUAACAGUGUGCAUUAUAUUAACAUGCUCAUCAACAUCUUACUGUUUACAUAUAUACAUGAGAACUUGUACAUAUAAAUCCUACAUCACCAUUUAACUUACAAACCUGCUUUAUUUUCCUUCGAGUAGACUAGUGCUCUUGUUGUUGAAAUAGACUUCAUUCCAAUGUUCUUCAUUUGUUUUCAGGAUUCAAGAACUAUAUUAAGUGUUGUUUGAUUAUGAAAUAAGAUCUUAACCAUUAUAUAACAUGGUAUUAGUGUUUAUUUGCUUUGUAUAAUAAUGUUGCAAAGGCUUUAAUUAAAUAUAGUAAAUAUUUAUGUAUUUGAUGUUAGUUUAUCAAGAUUAUAUGUAAGUUUAAGGAUAACUACUUCAGGCUGAGUUUUAUCAAAUGUUUUGUUGAUUUAUGAGAAAACAUCAUCAAGAAUUAAAAUAGGACAAACUAAGUAUGAAUCUUACCAUCACACAACAGUUUUAAUGAUAAUUCAUGUCUUUUAUCAUUGAUUUUUAUUCUAAGUAAAGUUUGUCUGUAAAAGAAGUUGAGAAUUCAUUUAGAAAGAUUUGAUUCAGUACAUGUAAAAAUUCUACAUCAGCUUGUUUGAUUAAUUUAUUGUUGUAGCUUUGAAACACAGUGUCAGGUUCCAGAUUGGACUCUGCGUAAAAAAUUUGGAAUAUUUAUGAUAGAAUAUUCAUAAUCCAUUAGAGCUAACAUUUGCAGGUGUCUUAAAAAAAAAUGUAUCAGAGAGCAAGAAAAUAUUCUAGUACAUACCUUGGUAUUUAAAUCACCUUUAACAAGCUUUUUAUUCAGAGUUUAGCAAUAUUUUACAAAUUAAAAGAAAAGAAAGAAAAUUCUGUGAAAAUUCACAGAUUACUAUCUGCAGUAAAUGAUUGGCAAACUAUAAAUGAAGCAUUAUGUUUAACGUAUUAAUGAAAGUAUGCAAAGUUUUUCAGAAAUGUAUCUAUUCAUCGAUAUUUAGAUUUUUUCAAACUCAAAUAACAAUCAGUACCAACUUGAAUAAUGCAAUCAUGGGUUAAUGACAUACAUGCUCUACGCUGUACUAGACAUUCAAAAUCAAAUAUGAAAAUAUGUAUCUUCCUUUCCAAUAUAAUGAUAUAUACAUAACACAUCAAUAUGUAAUAAGAUUUUACCAAUUUCAUCGCUUUUUUGUACAAAUCUAGCAGCACACAUAUUGUGUCAUUUGUUGUAUUACAUAGGUACAGUGGAAACAAAUAUGUUUAUUUAAACAGGUUAAGAAGACUAUCAUAAUGUACAACAAAUUACACCUUAUUAAGGAUGUUCGCUGCUCAAUUUAAAAAAAAACACUUCUAGUAAUGAUAAUCUAAAGUUGAUACAUUAGAUUUAUGAGAUAAAAACAUAUUAGAAAAGAUGAUACUAAGCUUAAGUGAUUUGAAAACCAGGGUUGUUACCUGAAAAUGAAUUUUCCAUGAGAAAUUCACGUUUAACUGUUUUGUGAAUAUACGAUAUUAAUAAGUAAUUCAAAUGUCAUUCUAUAAGUGUUAUAAUACAAAAUAAAUAUGGUUUUUUGGUCUGAAUAUUUUAAUAAAUGAGGACGAUCAAUACCAGAUGGAUAAUAAAAGAUGAGUCUAGUAUCUUCUUGAGCAGUCGAUUAUAGGUUUAUAUGAAAAGUCUGAAACUUGAGAAGCUGACACCCAUUUGAAAAUCAAAAUCAAAUUCUCCUUACUUCUAGAAGAACUUUCGUAGAUAUUUUUAUACUAUUCAAGCUUCUUAUCGGAUCAUGAACAAUUAAUGCUCUCUUGUUUUAGACCUUUUAUUAGGAUGCACGAUCAUAUAAAGUUGGCUUUAUUUAAAUGUGCGAAAUUCGUUACUCUUUCUUUGUUUAAUGCAUAUUCAGGACUGGAUGCUAUUGAGGAUUUUUCACAUUGAACCUAGAGUUAUGUAGGAAUUUUUCAUAAUUUAUUUUAUACUUGUUAGUGCUCACUGUGGCUUUUGUCCCUAUCCUUAUCUUUUAAGGAGGUAGAACUAGGUUGAGGGAAGUAACUCUUAAAAUCAUCAGUACGUUUGUGUCAACCAUUUUCAUGAAUAUAUUCUAAGCUUUUAGGUUACAUAGAUUAUUUUCAAUCUGUUUCAGGUAAAUGCUUUUUUUACAAACGCUUACCUGAUUUAAAGAGUUAUCUCCCUGAUUCAAGGUCUACCCCCUAAAGCCAACCAAAAAAAGAAAAAAAGUGUGAUCGUUUUCCAUCACUUGACAUCCGUCGUCUUUACAUCGCUUGGUUUCUGUUGUUUUGAAGCUUUCUGUAAUGAUCCUGAUGAUCGACACAGGCUCUAGAGCAAAUAGUUUAAAUGACUUCAAAUUAUGAUUAAUUUAUUGUCUUCUUCAUUGUGAAGCCUUGUUCAUGCUGGUUAAAUUUAGUAACUGCUUCUCGUGCUAGGAGUAAUUACAAAGAUUAUACUGGACGUCUGCAUAAUGCGUGCAAGUAGUUUUUAAGUGAGAAAACUACCACUUGAAUAUUUGUUUUAUCGGUUUCAUUAUUUUCAAUAAAAUAUGUUUAUUAUUUCA